AUGAAUAAACUACUUUUACCGGUAGUCGGCAUCCUCUCACUGCUCAGCUUUACACACGCUCUUACACAAACGCAGCCGGUUUUACAGGAUAUUCAAAUAAAAGAUAGCUAUACUAAAACCGAUGAAUGCACAGACCAAGACCAUUGGUUCAUUAUAGAAGGACAACUGUCCAUUCCCAAGGGUAGUCAGGAAAGCAUAUCAUUCCAAGUUCCCGAAGCCUUCAAGUCGUUUCCACAAGAACCUUUCAGCAUAGAAUACAAUUCGAACAAUGUGGCCACGAUAUCGCGCCCCGAUCAAUCAACAAACAAUUUUACUAUUUCCAUUCCAGAGAAGAGUUCAGAAGAUAUAACCACUACUUUCAACUUCCUUGCACAACUCACGUCAGACGCUAAAUCUGAAAUUACAGAACCAAAGGCCGUUGUGUAUAGUUUCUAUUCUGAAGGUGACAUAUUCAAUGGCAUCAUCAAUUAUAUUGCCAAGAACAUUUCUGCCGUAACAACGGAUGGUGGCAUAUACGAAGCAAAUAAUACCGCCUGGUUUACUGUUGAUUUGCCAAUGUCGACUUUCUUACAACCUGUCUAUUUGACUUCUCAAGCUUCUUCAUCCUCUGAUUAUGUAUUUAAUACCAUGUUAACCAAGUUUGAAGUUGUCACUGCCGUUGAUGCUUUCAACGAACCUGUCAAUUCUAUUCCAUUUGCGACUGUUCAUGAUUACUCCACUGAAGAUGAAAUUAAAUGCUUGUUUAACUCUACAAUCAGUGGAGGGUUAUACUUACGUGUGACAUACUUCACUAAACAGCUGUCUAGCUCUUCUAUAUCUAACACGGUCGACUUGACAUAUCCUGAUGAAAAUACACCCGAUAAAAUUUUGAGAAAAAGAGAUACUUCAACCACUUUGGGCUCAGAAUUGUUCUCUGAGUCAGCUGCUAAUGUCGGCUCCACCACUAAUGAUGAAGCAACUAGCUCAAAUGUUGCUAUCACACCGAAAUAUACAAAUGCAACUCUUACUUCUCAGGCUCCACAGUCAUCAACUACAUCAGAAGUUCCAGCUGUUGCAUCAUUGAGUACCCAGAUCCCCCUUUCUACAGUUGAUAGUACUAGCAGCACAACAGUCUCAUCUCUCAUUUCCACUGGAAAUUACAGCUCUACAUUAAGCAGCGAACAAACUUUCUCUGCUUCUUCGGUAACUGCAGAUAUCUCUUCAUCAGCACUUUAUACAGAUCCAAUCUCAACGACAAAUGCAAAAGCAUCCUCAGCCCCAGGUUCUGCAAACUCAACCUUUUCUAAUUCUUUGUCAGCUCAAUCUGUUACCGAAACACAGAGAAAUACCAGUUCACUAGCUUCCCAAAUCAUCUCAGCUAGUCCAGCCGUUACCGAAAUUUCAUAUAUCAACAAUUCUACAACUUCUGAAACUUCUUCCGCUACUCAAUAUACUGUAGGCACUCCAUACGAUGGUAAUUUCACAACAGCUACAGCUUCAUCUGUUGAGCAAUCAGCUACUCUUGCUCCAUAUGUCGGUAACUUUACAAAUUCAUUUGCUUCAUCUGCGAUUCAAUCUACUACUAGUACUUACCUAGCAUCUAACUUCACAGCUCCCAGCUUUUCGUCUGCUAUUACUAAUUAUUCAUCAAGUAUCCCUAUUACCUCUGCUGUACCUUCCGGUCCAUUUGUUUCAAAUACAACAAUUGCUUCUGGGUCAUACCUAUUAAGUACUACGACGGAGUCCGCACAACUUACUGAAUUUGGAAGUUUGGUACCGAUCUCUACAAUUACUACUGAAGUCAGCGCUGCCGGCAACAAUAGAACUGGUGAUCACAGUUUAGUUUCCUCGACAGAGACAGUGAAAACUACGACAUACAGCACUUCAAUUUCACUGUCAGAAACCAACACUAAGGACAUCGCCGCGGCUGCUAGAGGCAGGAACGCUACUUCCAAUCUGGCUAUGUCUACUGGAUCUCCUCAAGCCGCUGGUUACAGUAGUUUGAUGUCAGCGUCUACGUCCAUAUUUGGUACUAAGGCCACUGCCGGUGCCUUUGGUAGAAACGAUAGUUCCAGUUCGGUUUCCUCUACCGAAUCAGAUCAGUUUGUCGCUACUGUUACGGAUAAAAAUGGCGGUUACAGUGUAGUCUCGUCCACAGAAUCAGCGCAAGUUACAGAAUACGGUAGUUUGCUUCCAAUUUAUACCUUACAGAAGUCGACUCUUUCCACCGGUACUGGUGCAACCGGUCCCUCUAAUUCAACUCUUUCUACCAAAUUGACUCAGGUAACCGCUAUUACUACUGAUAGAAAUGGCGUUUAUAGCGUAAUUUCAUCCACAGAAUCAGCUCAUGUUACAGAAUAUGAUAGUUUACUCCCAAUUUCUACGCUGGAUAAAUCAACUGUCGUUACAAUCACUGGUAGAAAUGACACCUAUACUUUAACUACAUGUACUGAAUCUGUUCAAGCCACAGAAUAUGGUAGUUUGGUUCCAAUCUCUACAAUGGAGGGUUCAAGUGUCUUUACUUUUACCGAUGAAAGCGUAAUUUCUGAUUGCAGUACCACUGUAGGUGCUGCUCAGUAUGCGGAGCAUACUACUUUGAUUCCAGUUUCAACCAUAAAGGGUUCUCACAUCUCUCUUUCUACCGAUAAAAGUGUAGAUUCUGGUUACAGUACCACCGUGAAUGCUGCUCAGUUUGCAGAGCAUACCACCUUGGUUCCAGUUUCGACCAUAAAAAAUUCUCACAUCUCUCUUUCUACCGAUAAAAGUGUAGAUUCUGAUUACAGUACGACCGUGAAUGCCGCUCAGUUUGCGGAGCAUACUACCUUGGUUCCAGUUUCGACCAUAAAGGGUUCCGACAUGUCUCUUUCUACCGAUGAAAGCGUAGUUUCUGAUUACAGUACCGCUGUAGGUGCUGCUCAGUAUGCGGAACAUACUUCACUGGUUCCGGUUGAAACUCUGACAACUUCUACCACGUCUCAAGAAACAAAAGCAACUGAAGUUUGUACGACAUGUACUACUGGUACUCAUCAUUCUGCAAUCGUAAAUGCCGCUACUACUGCCUCAAAACCAACAAGUUCCUUAGCAUCUCUUUCAACAGUUAUUGCAUGGUAUUCCUCCUCAGCGAUCAACCCUCCUACCAUUUCCACAUAUUCAGGUGCUGCCAAUCAACUAACCAUUAGUAUUGGUACUUUAUUCUUGGGUUUAAUCUCUAUUCUGCUGUAG